UCUUCAGCAGCCAGAUAUAUUAAUCUCAUAAACCAUAAUCAAUCUCAGACGUCUGCACUGCUGCCGUUGUGUGCACAAUGUCAAACGGGGACAGGGUGGUUUUGGCACUUGGCGGGACAGGAACUGUGGGCUCCGGAAUAGUGAAAGCGCUCCUGGAUAGAGGUUUCAAGGUUGCCGUGAUCUCCAGAGACAGCAGCAAGUUGGAGAAACUCAAGGGGUUUGUUUCACCCAACACAAAAAGUAACCUGACCACUUUAGUGGGCAAUAUUGGCUCAGAGGAAGGAGUAGAAGAGGUGAAACAGGCUUUGCUUAAGUCUGUGGGGAAGAUCACAGAUGUGGUGUCCUCUCUGGGGUUCAGCUGGUGGCAGGAAGGUCCACCACACACCCAACCCCUCAAAGAACUGAACUGGGUUAUUGAGACUCUGCUGUUUAGCACCUUUGUGUCUUGGAAAGCAUUCUUUCCCCUGGUGAGAGAGGAUCCUAACUGCACCUACACAUUCAUCACAGGAGGUGCAGGAGAGAAAAUACUAAUGCCUGGGACAGGGUUCCUGACCGUAGGGUCAGCUAGUGCUCUGGCUUUCUGUCAGGUUCUGCUUGAAGAGUACCCAGAGGUGCCAUGUAAACUCAACCAGGUGAAAAUAAAUACAGGUGUGGCAGCCCCAGACCGAAUGGCUCCUGGGUAUCUGAAUCAUUUGGAUUUAGGCGAGGCUGUGGCUGUUCUGGUGGAGCGCCGGAACACGUCUCACACCGUCUUCCCCGUGAGCUCUCCUGCUGACCUAAAAACUGUUAUCUUGGAGGGCAAUUUGUAAGCACAAUAAAACAAGCCCCAAACCCAAAAGUACAUCAUCGAAUUUUACUCUGUAUUCACUUUUUCCAGUCAUCAGUAUGCAUGUAUUGUUUUAAUGCAUGUCAACAAAACAUUUCUGUAUUGAGAAUUCCAAGCGUUGAAAUAUUAAUUGUGCUUAAAACAAAUCAACCUAAUCUCCAAUGGAGUGGUACAGAAGUUUGGAGCUUCUAAUCUAAAUGCGGCCCCAGCCAAGAGAUCAUGACUGGAGAAUGGAGAAAAAUGUGUGAGAACCGGAUGUGAAAAUAUGUACUUUUCCUUUGUUAAAGAGAGAAAGUGAAAAUAUUUGGCAGGUUUUUGGCACACUUGCAACACCUUAGCAUUACACCCUGCCCUGUUUCACCAAAAAAACCUAUCUGGCUGCCGACAAGCUGACAAAGCAUUCUCAACCCCCAAUUAUAUUUCUGCCAGAAUCCAAUUCUUUUAUUGGCAAAUUUACAUUCAUGUCACUAAAGUGUUUAUCCAAAUUUGAUAAUAAUAGUAAACAAUGAUAACAAUGCCCUCCAUUCUCCUUUUUGGGGGGCCAGCUAUUUUUUAACCCCUUACACUCCCUUACACAUUGAUUAUGGAGUGGUGGUGGUGUAGUGGCUAAAGCACAAGGCUGGUAAUCAGAAGGUCACAGGUUCAAACCCCACGGCCACCACCAUUGUGUCCUUGAGCAAGGCACUUAACUCCAGGUUGCUCCGGGGGGAUUGUCCCUGUAAUAAUUGCACUGUAAGUCGCUUUGGAUAAAAGCGUCUGCCAAAUGCAUAAAUGUAAAUUUUAUGGGCCAAACGGCUGGGAAUAAUUGGAGUGACAUGAAUGUAAAUUUGCCAAUAAAAUAAUUGGAUUCUGGCAGAGUGCCUGAGAGAAGACUGAAUUCAAAAUAUGAUGCAUUUGAAUUUUGUGUCAGAGAAAAUUCAAAUAAUUAUAAUAAAAAAAGCAAUCUCCUAAA